GUGAUCAGAACCAGCAACUGUGCCAUUCACACUUAUCACAGCGUGUUCACUGAUUCUGGACGAUGAGGCUCACGUAGCACAGAGAGUCGUCAGUAUGUACAUGCAUACAAACAAGUGUGUGUAGUUACUCCGCCCCAUCGACUACUGGGAUUUUUAUUCUUUCACUGGAUUAUUAGGCAUUGUUGGCGUGAAAGUUCUGGAUUCCUGCCUAUGUUUGGCUCAGCCUAUGCCCUAGGGUGUACGUACCUGUACUUUAUACUUUAUCUGGUAGGAUCCUGAUUGAUUUGGUAUAAAAGGGUUUCGGAUUUGUUUGCGUGUCAGCGAUGGUCGAAUGUUAGAUAUGGACCUGAUCGAUUGACGACAUGUUGUCAUGCCUAAAUUGAGAAAUAUAAUUGGUCUUUUGUGACCGGGUCUAUUUUGAAUAUACGCUUGUAUGCUAUCUACAUUCAUUCCUCGAUUUCCACACGUUUUUCACCCUAUGGCAUUUAUUGUAGUGAGCCGGAAAUAUUUUGGAAUAGCGAAAAGGUAACACCUCUUCAUUGCUCAAAUUCAAUAAGCAACACAGUACAGACGUAGUCUUGAACCUUGAAUCUUUCCAAACUUUGCCCAGCCAGAAUGAGGUACGGCUUAUGGGUGGUGGUGGUGGUAGCAGUGGUACUUAUAGGAGUGUCAAUUGAAGUGGGUGGUGUAGAGACCCAGGAAUGUGAUUGCAAUGCGAAGGUAGAUGACGGUACGUUAUAUGCAUUUUUUAUGCUGACUACAAAUAAAACUUCCAUUCCAAUACGAACGUUUUUGCCGUUCAGAAGAGAACUGGUUCUACCGUCUAUUGAUCUUGCGCUAAAUUACGUAAACGAAUCCGGAUUACUUGGAGACUAUAUCCUGAAGCCGAUCUUUGUAGACGUAAAAUGUGACCCAUUAAUAGCACAGGUCAGUGCAUUGAAUCUCAGGGAAAAGUACCACGGGCAAGUAAUAUUUGGACCCUGUUGCCCGUACCCUGCAGCAUCCGUUGCACGUCUAAACAGCGUCUGGCAGAUGCCUCUGGUAACUCCCGCCGCCCUUGCUCCUGAUUUUCGAAAAGAGGAAUCUUUACGCGAAUUCAAUACGACAACUCGAACCGGCCCUACGUAUAUCGACAUGGGACGUGCGUUGGUGGAAUUCUUUAAGUUGUACAAUUGGAAGAUUUUUACACAAAUUAUUUCAGACGAAACUAACGAGAACAGUAUUAGGGAUCAUUUCUUCUUAUGUAGUGGUAUAUACGAGGCUUUUGACCGUGAGGGAAAUUUUACUAAAGAGUUUUAUGUUUUGCGUGAGGAUGAGAUAGACAUCGAUGAAGCUUUGAAAAUAACCGCAACUAAAGCAAGAGAUACUGUAUUCCUAUCAAGAUGUAAACAUAACUAUUAUGGUUACAUUCUUCACAUGAGAGGGGAUUCUACCAGUUGAAUUUCAAAACUGUUGUCUGUUUUUCAUGUAACAGGCACAAGAAUUUCAUAUAUCUGCAGAUCAAUACUGCCGCAUUGGCUGGAGCCAAGGCAACUCGUAACUUAGAUUUAGUAUAAUUAGAAUAGCCUAUUAUUGUAACGUUUAUGAAGUAAUUUUCCUUGAUGAGAAAUUCAAAACUGUAGGCCUAUAUGGAAUUAGUACAGAAUACUAGCAACUGUUAAAUGUUGUUAGUCCCUAAUUUCUAUAUAGCCUCUGACAUGUUUAGUGAUAUGACAAGGACAGGUUGUUCGUUAAUGCCUUAGUUGUUUGCAUAGCAAGACCUUUAUAGAUGACACUGUCGAAGUGUACGUUUUAUUCGCGUUACCGCACUAUUCCAACUACUACAGAAAUGUCUUCGUCUUAUCAUAGGUUAAGUGGAAUAGGUGGGGGUGGGGGAAACUUGCUUUUGUAAUGAUGAUUUCAGCAGAGAAUGUGAAAAUUGAAGUUUUUCAAUCAGUAAUAGGUGUCA